AUGACACAAACUUUCCAACCUUUCAUGGGCAAGUUUCUUGUUGUCUACUUUGAUAUCCUCAUCUAUAGUAAGACUAAAGAGCAACACCUUGACCACCUCACACAAGUUUGCUCUACCCUUCGUGCAACUAAUCUAUAUGCUAAUGUCAAGAAGCGCUCUUUCUUCACCGACACAGUCAUUUUUCUGGGGUUCAUUGUUUCUUCGACAGGGGUAUCCGCUGACCCUGCUAAGGUUCAGGCGAUUAUUGACUGGCCUGAGUUUAAAGUUAUUCAUGACGUCAGGAGCUUUCACGGCUUAGCUACAUUUUACCGUCGCUUUAUUAAGGGGUUUAGCACUAUUAUGGCGCCUAUUACGGAGUGCAUGAAGAAAGGGAGUUUUAUUGGACACAAGAGGCGGUUAAAGCCUUUAAGUUAG